UAUUGGCUUUUCAUUGUCCUUUCAUGUAACAGUCGGUUAAAUUCAAUCCCUAUAUAAUCUAUCUGGAUUCACCAAAUUUCUUCACACAUUUGUCAUGCAAUAUCAUUGCUCUUCAUAAAUGGCCGAUACUUUCAAGCUCUUCUCAUGCCUCACUGUUCUUCUAGCUCUAACCAUGGCAGCGCUAAGCCAGGCCCGACCCUUGGAUACCCCCAAGCUAAGCCUUGUAGCUCGACUGAAAUUGGAUGAAGAAUCACCAAGUUGCUGGGAGUCUUUGAUCCAGCUUCAAGCAUGCACUGGAGAGGUUAUCUUGUUUUUCCUGAAUGGCGAGACUUACCUUGGCGAUGCCUGUUGCCACGCUAUACAUACCAUUGGCCAAAAAUGCUGGCCAAACAUGCUGGAAACCCUUGGCUAUACCACGGAAGAAGGUGACAUCCUCCAAGGCUACUGUGACCAUGAAACUGCCAAGUCUCCUCCAUCCCCAACCUCAUCAUCUGUGAAAUCUAUCAAGGUUGUUAAUCCAGUGAAAACUCUGCUCCCUUGAGUGGAGUUAAAUUUAUCAAGUCUUGAUGUUUUAUAUUAUGUGUCUUGUCUGCAAUGGUUUAGUCAGAGUCAGUUUCUGGUUUUUGAAGUUGUUUGCAAGUUGAGAGUUAUCAAUGAAAUAAUUAGUUUCGUUGUGUGGCUCAA